AGGUGAAAAACAAUAUCCCCGCCACCGGCACAGCUCUUCACCUGGCUUCUGUCCAGGUAGGAGCCAAUGAGUGCGCGCCGCCCUUGGCCCUGCCACCCCUGGACAAGCUCCUCCUUCUCACCCCGUCGACCCCACGGCCUGACCUCUCGUCUUUCGUCUCGUCAGUUACUCCGCAGACCUUGCAGCGACAACUGCCCUCCUCAGGUCCAACUUGCACACUCGAUUUCGUUUCAGCGCGCUUGAAUGAGGCAUGGAAAGAUCCCUUCGCCGCCUACCUGCCUAGAGAUGCCGCGAUCGUUUUUAGUCAAAAGCAGCUACUCGUCAAGGGAAAUGUCUCCACCGCUCACACCAAGCCCGACCAGCGUCAUCCGAAGACACUCGCCCAGCGCCUUUUCGCCAGUCAAUAAACUUAGAUACACAGAAUUAGAAUGCCGACAAACGAGAAUCCUGCCAGAAACGCCGCCGCCACAAGUGUUCAUUUGGCCGCCGCCGUCGAGGCUGUGCAUGCCGUGUCCGUCCGUGGACAGCGUGCACACGCCGACCAGCCCCGAGCGAGCCACUGACGCAGGUGAGCCACCGCUAAAAAUGGGCAAGACGAGUCGAGCAUUGAAGUCUCCUCCGGCAGAAGACGCGCCACUCGACCUGUGUCUGAAGCCUGCCUUGGCCCGCCUGGCCGCCUCGGCGCCGCCACGCACCUCCCCUGGCCGCUCGAGCUACCCCAUCUGGUCGCCGGCCAGCCAGUGCGAGCAGGAGGCGGCCAAGACCAACAACAACAACCACGCGAAGUCGGCCUACAAAUGCGUACCUGCCGUGAUCGUGUCGUCGGCGCGGCCGCCGUCGCCCUCCACCGAGCCGGACAGCACGGCCUUCCUCCCUCCCGUGUCCAGGUGGAGCCUGCCGUUCACCACCCCCAUUCCUGCCCAGCAGCAACCCCCCUCAGUGGUGCAGCAACCACGAGUCGCGAGGCGAAGUGAGACCAAUGAAAGAUGUUUUCAGUGCAAGCAGUGCGGAAAGACGUUCAAGCGGUCGUCCACGCUGUCCACGCACCUGCUGAUCCACUCGGACACGCGGCCCUACCCCUGCCAUUACUGCGGGAAACGCUUCCACCAGAAGUCGGACAUGAAAAAGCACACGUACAUUCACACAGGCGAGAAGCCGCACAAAUGCGUUGUGUGCAGCAAAGCUUUCAGCCAGUCGUCCAACCUAAUCACACACAUGCGAAAGCACACGGGCUUCAAGCCAUUCUCGUGCGGCCUGUGCGAGAAGGCGUUCCAGCGGAAGGUGGACCUGCGGAGGCACCGCGAAACGCAGCACCCCGCGGUCGCCCAGACGCCCCUGCCGCCGCCACCCAGUACCUACAGCCUCACUGCGCUCUGAGCAGCCAUGUACCCACCCAACACACCGAGUCGCAAUAUUUUGUACAGCAAAGCUGGUUUUAAACCUUCAAAACAUCAACGGAACACGAGUUGAUCUCAUUGUCAAAUGUUUUGAAAGCAUUUCUUCCUUCUUUCUAGUUUUGUGUUCACUCUAUUUUAUAAUUUAUUUCAAGCACCGAUUUUAUGUAUUUGAUUUUUAAUUGUUGUAGCAGUUUUUUGAGGCAACAAAAAUCUAAACAGCUAAGUAGACCAAAGAUUUUGUGAAAUGUACAUGUACCAUACAGAUGUAAUAUAAUCACUUAGAUGAGAGAUACGAAACAAAGUGUUCACACGCAGCAACCUAAGUGGUUCUCUUGAUGUGCUUUGAGAGCCGUUAGAUUUAAUUUAUCUGGCAAUUGGAGAAUAAAAAGUUAUUGUU